GCGCGUCGCGGGCUGAGGCGGAGGGAAGGGGAAAGAUGGCGGCGCCCGUCCUGCUGCGAGUGUCGGUGCCGCGCUGGGAGCGGGUGGCCCGCUCCGCGGUGUGCGCGGCCGGCAUCCUGCUCUCCCUGUACGCCUGCCACCUGGAGCGGGAGAAGGGCCACGACAUCCACUACCAGGCCCUGUGCGACUUCAGCGAGCGGGUCCGCUGCUCCGCCGCCAUCACCUCCAGAUGGGGUCGAGGAUUCGGUCUGUUGGGUUCCAUCUUUGGAAAGGACAGUGCAAUAAAUCUGUCAAACAGUGUUUUCGGACUCGUGUUUUAUAUACUACAAAUGCUACUUGGUAUGACAGCAAGUGCAGUAGCAGCUCUAAUCCUCAUGACAUCCUCCAUAGUGUCUGUAGUAGGGUCAUUGUACUUGGCAUACAUUCUGUACUUCGUGCUGAAGGAAUUUUGCAUUGUCUGCAUCAUCACAUAUUUGCUGAACUUCAUUCUCUUUAUCAUCAACUACAAACGACUAGUUUAUUUGAACGAGGCCUGGAAACGGCAACUCCAACCCAAACAGGACUAAGGCCUGUUUGAACUCUUGACUGACAGUCUGAAGACCCAACUUCCAUUAAGUUUAUUUUGCAGUAAUUUUUUAUUCUCCAUAUCAGACACUUUCCCAGAGAAUCAUAACAGAAUUUUUAAUUAUCAAUUUGAAGGGGCCCUAGAUAAUUGUUUUUCCUUUGUGCUAAUCUUCAAUGUGGUUAUGAAAGAAAGCUCUAAUACAAUCAAAGACAAGCUUUAACUUUACUUUGAAGGAGUUUUAGCCACAGCAAAACCUAGACUCUCUUCCCCCCUCCACUUGUGAAGUGGGUAACACCUGCUAUAAAAUAUCCUGUAUAUAAAUUCAGGUAUAACAAGAUGUGAUUAAAUAGUCUAGACUAGGAUUUACCAUAUUUAAUGUUGCCAUGUUUACAGUAUGUGUAUUACUUUUCUUUUUUUAGCUGAUGGACUUAGAUUUGACUAGGACUUAUACUGUAAAUAAAACUAGAGAUACUGGUUUCAUCCCUGGAGAACUCACUGUACAAUCAGUUUUGCUAGCCUAGGAGCUGUCAGAGUGUUCAGCUAAUACUCGACUGACGUGAUGGAAGAAGUGACCUAUGUAGAACACUGAGCUGCUGCACUCGCUGCUAGUGCUGUCGUGAGAAUGAUGGUUGGGUUUUGUUCCAUUCCUUUUUGUCCGUGUCUUCAGUAACAAGAAAUGGAAUUAAAGCUGAAACCUGAAGUGUGUUUGUUAAACCACAAUGUCAUUAAUUUCUGUAUAGAAUGAAAUAGCUUAAUGUGGUCAAUAGAAAGCUGCCACCAGGAUAUUAUGUGCAGACUGGGGGUUGGUGUACCAAUAUUCUUUGGAAGGACUUAAUUUCCAUGCAGAGCUGUUUCAUUUUUAACCUGUGGUCAGCCAGCCAGUGUUACUUAUGUUUGAUGUUAUAUGAAUGCUGCAGUAUAGAAUCGCAAUUUGCAGUGGAAACCACUGACUGAACAGGAUAACCAAGAAGCAGUUCCUUAAUUGAUCUUCGUCGGGAUCUUUGGUUUGUGCUAUAUUGGGAAAUGAACUUUAGGCCUGACAUACAUAAGAUCCCUUGGAAGGGCACACUGUUUAGUGAGAUAAGUAAGUAAAUGUGCUCCUGAAAAUGAAAUAUGAUCUAGUGCUAUCAUUGCUCUUUCUAAUAACUAACUGGGAAUAAAACAAAAUUAAACUGCAGAUUUAAACAAAGGAACAAAAUCAUAAAUGUUGUUUCUGCACUCAGUAUUCUAAGGCUGAAUGUUAAAAGUGCCUUCUGUCUUAAAAUCCUAAACCAAAUAGUUUGUGUUGAACUUGGCAGGCAGAAGUGUCCUUGCUUUAAAAAUGAACAAACAAACCAAUUCCCAGGUAAACUUGCUGGGGAUAGAAGAGUAUUAAGAGAUCUGUUUUAGUUUUUAGACUGAGAAGUGGUAGCAAUAUUGUUUCAGUUAACUUAAAUCAAUGUGAUUGAAGGUUGAUGAUGCAAUUUGGGAAAGUAAAGUACUUGUGUUUCAGACUCUGUGACACCAAAAUGUAUCGGUUCAGCUACGUUCUGUAAUUGGUGCUGUGCUGCUUUUUACCCUUGUCAGCUUCUAAAUAUGAAGAACUCCAACUGCGUACCCAUUUAUUGAAAGAAUGAGCUUAACUAAUUUUAGGAUGUUUUUGCUUAAACAUGAAUGUCAGAGAGCCACUUAGGUUGUCUGGCUAGGUGGAUUCUAAACACUAAGUUGUUGAGGAUAAACUUGACUGUGAAACAUGCAGUGUUCCAUAGAGAGAAAAGUAGACAUUUUAGACUGAAUUCACAAAUUACUAUUUAAAUUACUAAAGUAAUUUUCUGGUUUGUAUCAAGGAUGUAGGUGGAAACUGCUUUUAUGUAUAGAGUUCUGUGGUAUGAGUAACAUCUGUUGCAUGUAACACUAAACUACUUGUCCCUCUUGUCUGACAGUUUUAGACAAUUCCUUAAAUGCGUUUUGUAUUGACCAGA